AGUUGCCUAUCUUUACUCUUCCGUUCUUUCUAAACAGUAUGGCGAAUCUUGAGCAUGCUGAUGAAGACCCAAAACAUGUGAAAAUGUCCGGUGAAGUCUCCCCUGCCAGCGCUCCGGACCAACCGGCCGAGGCCUCGCUUGUACCGGCCACAGAUCCGGGUGUAGUUUCGUGCUCAAUCCCGUCGUUCGCCGCCGCCUCCGAGCUGCUGUCAGCGCCGUACUCGUGUCUGGUCAUGAACACGCACCGGAGACACAUCACCCUCCCUCCCAUGUACCUUUACAAGAAGAAGACUGGUAUACAGGAGGAGCUCCGGGCCGAGCUGCUCAAGUUCUCACAGAGUCUGAAGGGAGUACCCUUGGCGUAUGACAACAUCAGGAUAGUGGGGCAGUACGGAGGCAUCUACGACGACAGCGGAUAUGUCCACAUGGAUAUAGAGGCCAACUUUAUUGUCUUUCAGCCCAAAAAAGGACAGAAGCUUCUGGGUAAGGUGAACAAACUAGGAGUAAGCCAUGUGGGCUGUCUGGUUCAUGGCUGCUUCAAUGCCAGCAUCCCCAAACCCGGUCUGGUUUCUGUGGAGACCUGGCGGGAUGCAGGGCCCAGGGUUGGAGCAGAGUUGGAGUUUGAGGUGACUGCACUUGAUGCCGACGCGGUGGGGGUACUGCUGAUCAGAGGACGGCUGGACAGGACCAGGGUGCAGGAGCUGCUGGCUAUGGCCGAGAGUUCAGAGUCCGGCGUCACUGCAGAUCAGCCGGAACCAUCAGACACCGAACCGAACCCAGAUCCCACAGAGGAGUCUCCUGUUGAUACCCCCAAGAAAAAGAAGAAAAAGAAGAAAGACAAAGUCAAAGAGGAGAUGACAGAAGAGGAAAUCACGAGUACACCCCUCUGUCAAUUGGAUGACAGCACAGCACCGGAGCUGAACGGGACAAUAGGUGAAGCAAACGGCAAUGAAGCUGGUGAGAAAAAGAAGAAGAAGAAGAAGAAAAAGGAAAAACAUCCCAAAGAAGAGGAGGACGAGGUUGAGGUGGCCCCCAUGGAGGUCCACGGCAGUGACUCCAGUGGCUACCUUAGUGAUAAGCCAAGCAAAAAGAGGAAAUAUGAAACUGGUACAGAUGUCAUUUCUAGUUUGAGUGAAGAUACUGAACCACCAAAGUCCAAGAAGAAGAGGAAAAGUGCCACUGAGCGGCUUGUUUGAAAAACAGAUCAUAUUCUGUUUGGACGUCAGGUUAAUUGUGUGUGCUAAUUGAGGAAUAUACUGACGUGCCUUAAAGAUUAAAUAUAAAUUUUUGGAUUCU